CAACUUGAAGUUCACUACAGUAGAACAGAACCGGUAGCCAGCUGACAAAAAAAGGUCUAUAGGACGUUCCCUAAACGGCCUCGACGACCGCCCCCCGAACGUCCGUGUGUAGGGUCUCCUCGAUGUCCUACGGCCAUUCGGGACGCUUAGGGGACAUUCGCUGGGAUGAACACAUUCAGUAGUGUUAUGAUUUGCUAUCCUCUGACGUCCUCGGAAUGUCCGCCAGCGAACGUUAUAAACCGGACCGAAGGUGGACCUAAGUGGACGUCCGCGACGUCCGGGGUUAAUAAUAAUAUUAUUAGCUUAUCGGUAACUUGGAAAUGCCUACGUACAAGGCGGACACGAAUUUCUGCUUUGAAAGUCGGGACGGUCUCCUCAACCCCCGAGUUCAGCAAGUGACAUCAAAUCAACAUGGCUGCUCGGCCCAGAACGAAGCGGCUCGGCUCAGCCCCUUUUCCUUAAAAGGCAACUCACACAGUACUAUGUAUCUACACAGGUAUAUACAGGCUACAAGGCGUUAAAAAGAAUUCUGGUCGGAAGUUGAGGGUUUUGGAUGAAGUGACUCCGAUUCAGCACCAACCGAACCGUUCAGUCAGGAACCUGCACAAUUAACAUAUCUGAUUACCGGCCGCGGUGUCAGUCACACGAAGAGAAUCUCACGCGCACACACAUACACGCACACACACACGCACACACACACACACACGCGCGCGCACAGGCAUCCGCGCGCGUUAAAGUCAGUGAAGGCAGUAAGAGAAGCGGCAGUGGCGGCGUUCCCUCAGCGACGCAGCAUCGUCAUCACAGAGAGAGAGAGAGAGAGAGAGAGAGAGAGAGAGAGAGAGAGAGAGAGGUGAAUAGGUGGCUGCAUCAUUCCGGAUGGCUGCCUCCGGAUCAGCAGCAGAAGGAGGCGAUGAGCUCGGGCUCGGAAGGCGGCUCACUCGCCUCGUCUCCCCGCACGCAAGAGCCUCAUCCUCGGCUUGAGGUCGCAAGGAUUUAGCGCUGGAAUUUUGGGACCAUGGAUAAAAUGGCGUCCGACUAGUGUGGUGACUUUGUACAAAUCAAGCGUCUGAGAACGAUGUAAGGAUCCGGAGGCCGUUCUACAGAACAUCCGGAGUAAAAGAAAGAUCGCUAGCCUGCGCUGUGCGAUGGUAACAUGACUACGAGGUGCUUGCUAGUCGGCCGAUCCUUUUUCUUUAGUCUAGGUUAGCGCACCAUCCGAGACUUCGUCCUACACAUGUACGCCGUUUGCCAUGAAUCUGGCCGUGAAGCUGCGGAGGAACUUGAGGAGGCUGGUUAUCCUCCUCGCCACCUUCUGCAUGGUCAGUGUCAUAGUCUCCGCCUACUAUCUCUACACGGGGUCUGCCCAGGAGCUGGAUCUGACGGACCAUGCUGCUGGCCAAGACUGCGCUGAACUGCGGGUGCUACCUUUCCGACCAGCAGAGCUGCGGAUGCCUAAACCCAUGGACCCGUCGAGGAAGGACCCUGUCGUGUUGGUGUUUGUGGAGAGCCAAUACUCCCAGCUGGGGCAGGAUAUUAUCGCCAUCCUAGAAUCCAACCAGUUUCGCUACCAAGCUGAGAUUGCACCAGGGAAAGGCGACAUCCCUCCACUGACCCACAAGGGUCGUGGGCGAUAUGCACUGGUCAUCUAUGAGAAUGUGCUCAAGUAUGUGGGUAUGGACGCGUGGAACCGUGACCUUCUAGACAAGUAUUGCGUUGAGUACAGCGUUGGACUUGUUGCCUUUCACCGUGCUAGUGAGAACUCCCAGCCUACCGUGCACCUCAAGGGCUUCCCCCUAACCUUACAAACCAACGUACCCCUGUGCGACUGCUGUGUUAAUCCGCGCUCACCGCUGCUCUACGUUACUCGGGCCGAAGUGGAUCGAGGACCACUUCCAGGUGACGACUGGACCGUAUUCCAGUCCAACCACUCCACAUACGAGCCAGUACUGCUCGCCAGAUCACGGCUUAGUCCGGACGAUGCCAAUGGAAGGAUGGUGACCGGGCUCCAAGCCACUGUGGUUCAGGACUUGGGGCUUUAUGAUGGGGUUCAGAGGGUGCUGUUUGGGCAAGGCCUGGGCUACUGGCUGCACCGACUCAUAUUGGUGGACGCAAUUGCCUACCUCACUGGCAAGAAACUGUCACGCUCGUUGGAACGCUACAUCCUGGUGGACAUUGAUGACAUCUUUGUAGGAAAGAAAGGCACAAGGAUGAAAGUGGAUGACGUGAAGGCUCUACUUGAGACGCAGGAUAUGCUGCGAACUCAAAUCUCGAACUUUACCUUCAAUUUGGGCUUCUCUGGCAAGUUUUUCCACACAGGCACUCAGGAGGAAAACGACGGCGACGAUCUCCUGCUGAAGUAUGUGAACGAGUUCUGGUGGUUUCCUCACAUGUGGAGUCACAUGCAGCCUCAUCUCUUUCACAACGAGUCAUCGCUGAUGGAGCAGAUGAUCCUCAACAAGGACUUCGCACUGGAGCACGGUAUUCCUGUCGACAUGGGCUACGCCGUAGCGCCUCAUCACUCGGGUGUGUAUCCGGUGCACAUGCAGCUGUACGACGCGUGGAAGAGGGCGUGGGGCAUCCGAGUGACCAGCACAGAGGAAUAUCCUCACCUGAAACCUGCACGAUACCGCAAGGGCUUCAUCCAUAACCACAUCAUGGUGCUGCCACGUCAGACCUGCGGCUUAUUCACACACACCAUCUUCUACAAGGAAUAUCCUGGAGGCCCAAAAGAGCUGGACAAGAGUAUUAAAGGAGGAGAGCUUUUCCUGACCGUCCUAUUGAACCCCAUCAGUAUCUUCAUGACUCAUCUGUCUAACUAUGGGAACGAUCGAUUGGGUCUGUACACUUUCGUGAACCUGGCCAACUUCCUGAAGUGCUGGACCAAUCUGAGACUGCACACACUCCCGCCUCUGCAGCUCGCACACCACUACUUUACCCUAUUCCCUGAGCAGAGAAACCCACUCUGGCAGAACCCAUGUGACGACAAGAGACACAAGGAUAUCUGGUCUAAAGAGAAGACCUGCGACAGGCUCCCCAAGUUUAUGGUGGUUGGACCUCAGAAAACUGGCACCACGGCGCUCUAUCUCUUCUUCCUAAUGCAUCCGUCCAUCUCCAGCAGUUUCCCCAGCUCCAAGACCUUCGAGGAGGUGCAGUUCUUCAACACCAACAACUACCAUAAAGGCAUCGACUGGUACAUGGAGUUUUUUCCGGUUCCUUCAAACGUCAGUACGGACUUCUUAUUUGAGAAAAGCGCUAGUUACUUCCCUUCGGAGGAGACGCCCAAACGAGCCGCCGCCCUGCUGCCCAAAGCCAAAAUCCUCACCCUGCUCAUCAACCCGUCUGACCGAGCCUACAGCUGGUACCAGCACCAGAGGGCCCAUGAGGACCGUGCAGCGCUCCGUUACAGCUUCUACGAGGUGAUUUCAGCUAAUCAGCACGCCCCAUCGGAUUUACGAUCCCUGCAGAACCGCUGCCUCGUCCCCGGUCUCUACGCCACACACCUGGAGAGAUGGCUCACCUACUACCCACCUGUCCAGCUGAUGAUAAUAGACGGGCAGCAGCUGAGGAAUGAUCCAGCGACCGUGAUGGACGAGGUGCAGAAGUUUCUGGGCGUCUCUCCGUACUUUAACUACUCACAGGCACUCACAUUCGAUCCUCAGAAGGGAUUUUGGUGUCAGCUGCUGGAUGGAGGCAGAACCAAGUGUUUGGGCAAAAGCAAAGGUCGUAAAUAUCCUCCUAUGGAUGCCGAGUCUCGUCUCUUCCUCUCUCGCUUCUACCGGGAUCAUAACAUCGAGCUCUCGAAGCUCCUCCACAGACUCGGUCAGCCUCUCCCGGCGUGGCUCCGCGAGGAACUACAAAAGGUCAGGUAGCAUUUAUUCCACUGACCCUGCCGCUCCUCGGGUCAAAGGUCAAGGGAGGGUCGCGACUACAACCUGGAGACACUGCGCCUGGUGGGAAAGAGGCCAGAGUUGGACAGUGAGUCGUGCUGCUGCUGCACCUGAAGUGCUGGAGUGUGGGGUGUGAUACCGCGACGGCAAUAUGAGAAACUCGGAACGGGAGCAUCAGUAUGAGCGAGAGAGAGAGCGAGAGCGAGAGCGAGAGAGAGGCUUGGAUGUCAAAGACGUCAGACCAAGAACUGGUUUUAUUCCAUCAUUCCAGUUCCGAAGCGUAUAGUGUAAGAAGUUGAUUCGACCACGUUUCAUUUUUCUCUCACAUUAUAUCAAUGAAUUGGUCUCUUUAAAAAAAAUAAUAAUAAUAAUAAUAAUAAACAACAAUCGUGCAUUCUUAUUUAAUGAGAAUCAACGAGUGAGUUUUGGGAAGCUGCUGAAAUAACCCGAGUUCUCAGUGAUGGUGUGUGUGUGUGCUGUGAGAACGUCUCUGUUACAGCUCCACGCUCUGGUCAUCCUCUUCUUCAUCACACGCGAACGUAUAAAGCAGAUCGAACGAGACCCGUUUCUUUUUCUCGGACGUGACCGCUGCUCGUAUUCUCUUUUCUCGAUCGAACAUGAACUCUUUAGCGUCGAGAGACGUAUCUACACUGGACACGGGUCUGGAGGUUAAGCUGCUGGUUCACGGAGUGUCCGAGUUCGAGCGCUGAUCAGUGAAGUUAAACGGACUCGGGACGAAGCGACGGAAAUAAACGGAUUUAUUCUGAAUUAACACGGAAUGGAUGAGCUCACUGGGGAUGCAAUGCUGAGAGUAGUGUGUGUGUGUGUGUGUGUGUGUGUGUGUGUGUGUGCAGGCCAGAGUUUCCUGCUCUUUAUUUUUCUUUUUGCCUCAUUUGAGCAGCACUGCUCUGGAAAUCUGUACAGAAUAUAUUAUAAAUAUGUAUUAAACACUGGAAAUAUGUUU